UUAUUAUACUAUUUUUAUUUGUGUAUAAAUACAAACUAACUAGGUUAGUUGUCAUAGAAAAAAUAUAUCUUGGUGCAUUAUAGAGCUUGAGUUAGUGUGAAAGGUAAAUAAUCAUGGCCGAGUUCAAGCAUUUGGUGGUGGCAAAGUUUAAGGAAGGAGUUGUUGUGGAAGACAUUAUCAAAGGCAUGAAAGAUCUUGUCUCGGAUAUUGACGCAGUUCGGUCCUUUGAAUGGGGACAAGAUUUGGAGAGCCAUGAAAUGCUUAGGCAAGGGUUUACACACUCAUUCUUGAUGGCAUUCAACAACAAAGAAGAGUACACUGCAUUCUUGGCUCAUCCUAAGCAUGUUGAGUUUUCAGCCACAUUUUCUGUAGCAAUUGACAAGGUCAUCUUGCUUGAUUUUCCCAUUGUCCUUGCCAAGCCCAUCAAGCCAUCGGAAACCACCGCGGCCGAGCCAUCGGCUUAAUUAGGCAACACCCACUACCGUCAACACCACGGGAAGCUGAAGCUUAAUUAGACAUAAUAAUGUCGUUCAGAUCAAUCCAAGUAACUUAUAUGGUGUUUCAAGUGGGAUUAAUUAGAUUUUUUUUUUUUUUUUUUUUUUUUUUUUGGGGUUAUGUUUAAACCUUACAUCAUUAGAUGUAAGAUUUAAUUUGCAGGGUAUAAUGACAUGCAUUCCCUUUCAUGUUUAUCAUUAUAAUGCAGGCAUAUGAUGAUUUAUUA